AAAAGGGAGCAAGGAUAAGAAAGUGGAUCAACAUAGUGUAUGCCUAUACACACGUGCAAACAAUUAAUUGUUGCUUUUUCUUAAUUACAUGAAACAAUGACAACAGCUCUCGUGCACCACCAACUUGGAUGGUAUCAACGAGUGCAAAGGAAUCCCAAGGAUUCAUAUUUUUAACAUAAUUGGAAAGUGAGCUGGAAAGCUGGUGAAGGGGAGACAUUGCAUCAACAUAGCUGACACAACGCUUUUUGAUCGAGAUAUACAUCGUGUCACCAUUAGCUGAUAGAAGAAGCAUUUCAGAUUCCUUUUUGUCUCCAUGACCUGAUAUAUAUUGAAUCCGAUGCCUGGUAUUGCACAGCAAAUUGGUAGAAACAUUCAACGAUCUAGGCCUCUUCCAUCUGAAGAUAAAAUGGCUACCCGAACUUUUCACCACACUCGCUCUAAUAGCUUCCCUCUUCCAUCUAGACCAAGCCCACUUGUUUCACAGAUUGAUGUGCAUUUGAACAGAUUAAGGGCUUCUGACGCUACAUCUACCUCAUCAUCAAUAAGCCGUAAACUAAAUGGCUUCCGGGAUUUGUAUGAUUGUGUUGAUAAGUUGCUUCAGCUGCCUUUUUCCCAGCAAGCUUUAGCCCAAGAACAACACAAGGAAUUGGUUGAUGAGUUGUUGGAUGGUUCUCUCUGGCUUCUAGAUCUGUGCAGCACUGCUAAGGAUGUUGUGCUGCAGACAAAAGAAAGCACAAAUGAACUGCAAUCAAUUUUGCGUAGAAGGACUGGUGAAGUUGAGCUUGUAAGUGUGGUCGGGAAGUACGUAACCUCCAGGAAAGAAGUCAAAAAGACCAUCCACAAGGCAUUGGGAAAUUUGAAGGGCAUGCAAUCAAAACAAAUUUUCUCUCUAUCAGAAGAUUAUGAGACGAAGGCCAUUGUUAGCAUGCUAAGAGAGGUUGAAGCAGUCACUUCUUCCAUGUUUGAGUAUUUGUUAUCUCUGAUAUCCGGGCCAAAGCCUGGAAGUUGGUCAUUAGUUUCUAAAUUAUUGCAUCGCAAAAGAAUAGCAUGCAAGGGAGCAGCAAGAGAAGCAAAUGAAUUUGAGAAGGUUGAUGCUGCCUUAAAAUCCCUUGCGGGUCAGAAGAUGAGCAAAUCUGAGAACACCAUGAACGUCGACAUGCAAAACCAGCUAAAAGACUUGGAGCUGUGUAUUCAAGAUCUUGAAGAUGGACUUGAGUGCCUCUUCAGGUGUAUGAUCAAAGCUAGAGUCUCCCUUCUCAACAUCCUCACCCCCUAGAAAAUUAUGAUUACCGCAAUCAUGUACAGAAAUCAAAUA